GCGUACGGAUUGUGUCAUUGCCCGCGGGCUGUCAAAAUAUCCAUUAAAAAAAAUAAAGAAAUGACUGACGAAACUAGAAAAAAAACUUUUUUAGGAUUUGAUUUUAGUACACAGAGGUUGAAAGCACUUGUUAUCGGUGAGGAUUAUGAGGUAUUACAUGAAGCCAAUGUUGAAUUCGAUGUGGAUCUUCCUGAGUUCAGGACGGCCGGGGGUGUACUGCGGGGCCAACAGAGGGGUGAGGUAGUGGCCCCACCCCUCCUAUGGGUGAAGGCUCUUGACAUGGUGAUGGAUAUGCUGGUGGUGGCCGGCGUUGACUUCUCCACCAUCGAGGCUCUAUCUGGUGCUGCACAGCAACACGGCUCAGUAUGGUGGUCUAAAGAUUCAGAGGCUAAACUGAACAGCCUCUCCCCUGAUGACUUCUUGCACACGCAGCUCGCGACGGCUUUCGUGACAGACUCCCCGGUGUGGAUGGACUCCAGCACUAGUGCUGACUGCAGGGCUCUCGAGGAAGCAGUGGGAGGACCUGAGGAGCUGGCCAGGAUAACGGGGUCUACAGCAUACGAGCGGUUCACAGGCCCUCAGAUCCGCAAGAUGUACCGCAGCCGGGAGCGCGUGUACCACGCCACAUCUCGCAUCUCUCUGGUUUCGUCGUUCGCGUGCUCACUCUUCCUGGGACGAAUAGCCCCUAUUGACUACUCUGAUGGCUCCGGUAUGAACCUACUGGAUAUACACAACAUGAAGUGGAACGAGAAGGCUCUGAAGGCGUGCGGUGAUGACUCUCUGGAGAGUAAGCUGGGCGCCCCGGUGCCGACCGCCAGCGUUUUGGGUCCCGUAUCCCCUUACUACGUGCAGAGGUACGGGUUCAAGUCGGACUGCAAAGUUGUUGCGUUCACAGGCGACAACAAUUCAGCUCUCGCUGGUCUCCGGCUGCGAGCUGGCUGGGUGGGCCUGAGCCUGGGUACCAGUGACACAGUGCUGGUGGGGCUGGAAGGCCCGGCGGCGGCCGCGGCUGGCCACGUGCUGGUGGGGCCGACCCCCGGCGCGCCGUACAUGGCGCUGCUGUGCUUCGCCAACGGCUCCCUCACGCGGCAGAACCACCGCGACCGCCUCGUCGGACCCAGCUGGGAGGCCUUCAAUGAACUGCUCAAGACCACCGUCCGAGGGAACAUGGGACAUAUGGGCAUCUACCUGGACGUGGCGGAGAUCGUGCCGCGGGUGCGGGCGGGGUGCGUGUGGGCGGAGCCCGGGGGGCGCAGCGCCCGGCCGCCGGCGGCGUCCUACGAGGCGCGCGCGCUGCUCGAGGGGCAGGCGCUCGCGAGGCGCCUCCACGCGGAGGACAUGGGCGUCAUACUCGAUUCGUCUUCGCGCUUGGUAGCGACCGGCGGCGCUUCGGUCAACAAGGAGCUACUGCAAAUAUUUGCUGAUGUCUUCAAUACGCCGGUAUAUGUGCAGAAUGAGCAUGCGAACGCAGCUUUGCUAGGAGCAGCGAUACGCGCCGCCGAUGUUUGGAGUGCGGAGGCUGGUGUCAAGUUAUCAGGUGCGGAUCCCUCAGUAUCACCGGUGGCAACGCCGUACCCUGACCAUGACCAGAUAUACAAGCCGAUGAUGCCUCGCUACAGGCAGAUGAUUGCCACCUUCUCCAAACUGGAAUGAUACCUAAAUCAGGGUCUUUAUUAUGUAACCUCCUUUAAUAAUUCUUAUUUGAAACAGGUUUCGAUUAUGUAACACAUUUGCAUAGAAAUUCAUUUGAAACAGAUGACAAUCUACAAGGCUUUACUUUUUUAUGUAAUGGAACGGGAAACAAGCUGAUUGGCCACCUGAUGGUAAACAUUAACCGUCGCCUAUAUACAUGAAUAGCACUGCAGACAUCACGUUAUCAUGUGAAACUAUCUGUGAUAACACUAACACGUUAUCAUUCCAUAAGACUGUCAAGCCUCUUAUUAUAUUUGUCUGUAUUAUAUAAUGUUAUUAACAAUUCUCAUUUGUAAUGAUGCUAAGUCGUACGGUUAGAAAUUGCAACUGUUAAAUGGUAAAGAUUAGAGUACCGAAUGCAGCCAUGGCGCUUGUGCGCAUUUUAACUAAAAUUAUUAAAUUUUAAGUUAAAUUUAUAAUAUCUGUAUUUUAAAUACAUAUAUUAUUGAUUUAAUAUGCGUGAAGCAAAAACGUUACAUAACUGUGGUCCAUUUUUAAAUAGUUAAUACACAUUUACUGUUUCAAAUUAGAAUUGAUAGCAACUGUGUUACGUAAUCAAGUAGAAGUUUCUAUCGCUAGUUCGCUUUAAAGCAUUUCUGCGUUGCAUUUUAAUGCUUCUUUGAUAUAGAUAGCAAUAUUUAAUUCUUAAAUGUAUAUCUUGUACACGUUACCAAUAUUUAGUGCAUAUUUGUUAUAGAAUAACGCAAAUAUGUUCCAAGACACUAAUAUACGCAUUAUGCAGGUCAAAAUAACACUGGACAAUUCACACAGCGCCAUCUAGUCCCAAGAUAAGCGUUGUGAUACGGGUAUUAGACAACUGAUAUAAAUAUUUAAAAACUUUUUUGUAAAUACAUACAUAAUAUAGACAAACAAACAGACUUAUGAAUACAAAUGUUUGCACCGUGCGAGGAUUCGAACCCGCGACCAUCGGAACUAAAUCGGUAUUUAUUACUAUCUCCACCAUCCAGUCCGUUAGCUACCUUCAACUUCAAACUAAGCCCUAAUGGUAUAUUUUUAUAAUCCGUUUUUUAUCAUAUAUUUGAAUAUUUCCACUUUCGCUUUAUAUAAAGUGAAUAUUAAAACAGUGGAAAGAUUCAAGAUGCAGGCUAGCAUAUUAGGAUUUUUUAAUAAUAGUAGAAUGGUGCACUCGUCUGCGUACGUCUGUAUAAAGGUAUACACUGGCGGGGCACUAGUGGAGGAUGAUAAGAUAAGCAUGAGGUCAGGUCAGUGCACAUCGCGGCUAAUCAGCAGGAAUUUAUCACGAUGGUGUCCAAUAGAAACCUGACAUGGUACAUCAAUGGGGUUAUUAUCAUUAUUAGAUUGAUUUUUCUGAUGGAGGAGUUAGGAGUCUCCGAAACUGGCGUGUAUGAGACGAGCUAUGAAUGAAGCAAGAGUUGAAUGAAAGGAAAAAAGUCAAUGGCACUCGGUACUGUCUACCUACCUCGCAAGGGGUAUAGCGUGAAGAAAUAACAAAGGAAGGAAGUCAAUGACACUAACGGUUCUGUCUACCCCACAAGCGAUUUAGCAUGAAGCUAUUAGAUCUUCCAAUACUAUUUAAUUAUGCAAGCAAAGGCUUAUAAAGACUUAUGUAAUUUAUAACUUAAUUGAUU